AUAAUCACAGAGAAUACGGUGACCAACCCUAUGUCAUUAAAACCGGCUCUAUCAGCAUCCACCACCAAAAAGCCCGCAAUCGAUCUCCUUGGCGGUAUGAGGAGAAUCCUGAAUUGAAAGAGGAACUGGCUAGUGCAAAUCCUAAUGUGCCUGUCAUGUCCACAACACUCAGCAAUCCAAGCUCGGCGCGGACUGGUUUGGCGGGUAUGAAUGCGCUAGACAAUCAGGAGAAGGCGAAUUCGCAUCCCUCAAUUUCACCUGCGGUAAUCAAUAAGAGAAGCGCGCCUCCUCCUCCGACAAAGCGCAGGAUCGACGUUCCCCUUACAACCUUGCCUGCCUCCUCAAAUAUCCACAAGGACGUACCCAUGCGGAGAGCUGCCCCACCGCCUCCAAGGAGAAAUGGCGGCGUGGGUGCGUCCACGGCCGACGUUGAUGAUGACGAUGAUGAUGAUGACGAUGAUGAUGAUGAUGAUGAUGAUGAUGGUUAUACCGGAGAGGAAGGGGACGACCGGAAUGGCGCCGCUGAUGCUGCCAUGGACAAAAAAGACAGUAUCAGGGUGUCUGGAAGAAUCGGCCCAUCUGCAAUCAAUGGUGUCAGAAACGAUAUUGAGUUGAUUCGGCCCCGUGUGUCAACAGUUUCUUCGAAUUUGUCCUCUACUGCAUUGCCCUCAUCGGUGUCAAUAGCGACAGUCGCAGCCAAUAAGUCCAAGGUCCUGUUGCCUGGGUUCGAUCAGCGUGGACAUGGUCAGCACCAGAUUGGGUCUGGACCCUCUAUUGCAUCCAUGGGUCUUGGAUCUGCUGGCAGUAGCGCGGGUCUAAUUCCUGCCCACAAUGGCAGUGUGUCUCAGCGGACAAAAGGAUUCGAUGGCAAGCCAGACUCGGCAUUUUCAGCAAAACGGUCAACACCAAGCUCAGCAUUUGGAUUGUCGGCAUCAGGAUCGACACCGUCCGCAUCCACAUUGUCCAAGGGCGAUAAUGCAGUAGUCAGAACCACUGUUGUCCCGGUUGACAGAGAGGGGCAAGAAGAGGACGACAGAUUAGCGGUGCCGUCGGUCUCUGAAUUGAAGAAGAGCUUUGCAACGGCUGCGCCAAGCAAGGGCGCUUCACCUCCCGCAAGAUCAGAUACGGCAAGGACAAGUGUAUCGCCAUCUUUGACUCGUGUUCCAUCCAAGAUGAUUAAUGCUCCGAGCACGAGUGGUAUAAGGACGAGCGAGGGGCAAACAGUGACACCGGUGGUCCGGAUAGUCAAGCCGCUAACAUUCUCUGGGUCGGCAGUGACGCCGUCGCCAUCGUCAUCGUCGUCGUCUUCCAGAGGAGCUUCCAAGCCCUUGGCAGGGACAGCGUCCAGGAACAGGGAAAAGGCAAUUGAAUUAGAGCCUGUUCUUGCGGAGGGGAAUAGACAUGUACAUCCACAUAUAGAGGAAAGUGAGACUGAGGCGGCGGAUGUGAAACCGGCUACUGGGUCCGUGAAGCAGGCGAUCGCAGCUCUGAAGGUCAAUGCAGGCACGGAAGCAACAGUGCAGAGAUCAACAGCAGCUGAGAAUUCAACAGGCAGGAGGGACAGCAAGCCAGACGGAGGUGACGACAAGGUGUCGAGGGAGGAGACGAAGACGAAGGAGGAGGGGGAGGGAGAAAAGGUGGAUGCGUUUGCGUUCUGGAAGGGUAAAUAAUAUGCGAAUAGAGGACACGGCUGUACAAUUUCAAAUAUACGCGAUACCGCCACCUAGACUCUAAGGAUUUCCUUUACCAACCUGGAGUGGCACAGCGACUUUAUUUGCCUUUGAAGCGGCCUCUGUCAUGAACCUGCGCACCCUUCUUCUUUCCCAAUUUCCCCU